ACGCCGCGCCGCCCGGGGACGCCGCGCCGCCUCGCCAGCGGGACUGCUGGAUCAAAGAUUCCUCUGCCGACUACAAUAAGCUGACCCAGAAAGAAUAUGAACUACAGAAAGAGUACGCGAGACGUCUCUCAAGGGAUCCCCUUCCGAAUAUUUACAAGUUGCGUUCCCCAGCUGCUUCAGUGAAAGAUGAGGAAAAGAAAUCUCUCAUACUGAGGAGGAAAGAUUUGAAACCCUCUGUGGAUCAGAAUGCUGGUGGCGACCAAAAUCUCUGGGUGCAGAACAUUCUGAGUGGAAGCUCAGGUGAUCUCGGAUCGAUAAGGGUGGUAGGAUCGAGAGUCAACCUGCCUAUUACGUCAGAGGCUGCAGAGAUCGGCACCGUGCAAUCUGUCAGUAUUGGUGAGCUGCUGCCCCGAGCCUCUCUGCCGCCGACCCCGCCCACUCCACCGGCGCUGGAGCCCGCGCACAUCGUGUGCAUCCCGCCGAGCCUGGAGUUCGUCAACUUCACAGUUGGACGACUACACACGAAGUCCAUAAGGUUGGUGAACGUAUCGAAGUUCGAGCUUCGCCUGUCGGUGCGGCCGCCGGCGCGCGCGCAGUUGCACGUGGAGCUGUGCUCGCGGCUGGCGCUGACGGCCGGCGCGGCCGCGGAGCUGCGCGUGCACUUCAGACCGAGCGACGUGCGCGCGCUGGCCGACGAGCUGCUGGUGCGCGUGUCCGCCGGGCGCGCGCUGCGCGUGCCCGUCGCGUGCUACAUGGAACCGCCUCAACUGCACAUAACGAUCCCCAACGCGGCGAUCCCUUGCCUGCCGAACGCGAACAGCAUCACACCCCAGGCGGACACGCUGGAGCUUGGCGCCAGGCUGCUGGGGGAGCUGCACCGCGUGCCCAUCCUGCUGCGUUGCGCCGCGACACAUGCCUGCUUCUUCCUCCUGGGCGAGGACUCCUGGAUGCACUGCGACGUUCAGGUGACGGCGAGUACCAGCAGAAACCUUGGCAUAUCCACCGACUGCUUCUUCUUCAGUCCAGCGCGCUGGUCGGGCGGCGGCACCGCCCGCGGCCUCGCCGUCUGCCGCGCGCGCGCCGCCGGCCUGCACACUGCCGCUGUGAGGGUCGUGUGCUCGACUGCCAUCGUGCGGUCGCUGAGCUUCAUUGCCGACGCGAUGCUGUUCAGCCCUGGGCACGUCACUUUAGAGGCUCAUGAAAAAGACUACGACAUUUGCUCAGAAGACGACCCGGCGUGCGAGUACUAUGUCAACCUGGGCGUCGCCUUCCCGCGUCGGUCGCUCUGCUCUACUGUCAAAAUUAUUAACAACAGCCCCCUUACAUACAAGUACUACUGGAGCGUGCGGCCGUGGGGAGAGCGCCGGAGGGACUUCCAGCUGCUACCCGCCAGCGAGUGCCAGGACGACGCGCUGUGCGCCGGAGCUAAGCAUGACAUACAGCAGGAUGGGGAACCCCGAAGCGGUGAAAUGGAGGAAGCUCAUCGUGCAGUGCGCGUGUCGACCGCGAGCGGCUGCCUGCGCGCGCGCGCCGAGAGCGCGGUGCGCGUGCACGUGCCUGACGCGGGGGCUCUGCUGCGGACACGACGCGCCGUGCUCGUGUUGGUGCUGGAAAAUGUACCAGAAGAGAGUUUUCCGUCAAACUACGAUCCCAAGAUUGUGAAGACAAAUAAAAUAGAAGAGAAAUGUAUUCCAGGAGUAUCUCCGAAAUGGUCUCGCAAGGUGUGCGAAGUGGUGUGCGCGCAGCUGGAGGUGUGGUGGGAGGUGGUUCCAGUGAGAUUCCUCCUCGAUCCUCCUCUGAUACAGCUGCCGUACUCCCGGAGGGUGAAGUCAGUGGCGGUGUCGCUGCGGAGCACGCAGCUGCACGGCGCGUCGCCCGCGCGAGCGGCGUGGCGCCAGCUGUCGCCCGCGCCGGCG